UUUUUAAGUGUUUAUUAAACAUGAAAGAUAUUCACAAUGGUAAACUUUUCACAGGAGUCUUCCCAUGUAAAGCCUUGGCACUUGGAAAGGAUAAUAGGACAACUGCAGACAGUGACAUCCGGCAGUGUGUGUGUGUGUACGCACACACACUCAAACAUAUACUAUCACACACACACUUACAGACUCAUAACUACACACUCUGUUGCUCAGUGGGAACCGAACCUUCUCUCUUGUGGCCUGCUCUCUGACCAAGAAUCAUGUGAUGCUGUCAGCACAGGUCUUUGGAAGAAGGAAAAUUUAUCUUUUAUAUCUGGAACUUCAAGAAUGUUCCCUGUUCCCUCCAGCAGUGCAGAUUAUAUUGGAAGCCUGAAACUCAUUACUUCCCAUUUCUGCCCUUGUCUGUUUGCAUCCCCAGAUUUUUCAGGAUCCAUAAGCCUCAUUGGCAAACUCCACUGAAAGCCAAAGACAUUUGUGCCUUUGGUUUUCCCCACAGGACCAUGUUCCUGAAAAGCUGCAUGUAAAUUAAUUUUUUGCAGAACAAUUAUGAUUCCCCACUGACUUCCAAUAAGAUUUCUGAGCUGCUUUCUCUUCAUCAAGAUUGAUUUUCCGCCAUGGCUGGUGUGGCUCAGUGGAUUGUGCACUGGCCUGUGAACCAAAGGGUCACUGGUUCGAUUCCAGUCAGGGCACAUGCCUGGGUUGCAGGUGGGUCCCCAGUGUGUGUGUGUGGGGGGGUGCAUAAGAGGCAACCACAUAUUGAUGUUUCUCUUCCUCUCUUUCUCCUUCCCUUCCCCUCUGUCUAAAAAUAAAGAAAUACAAUCUUUAGUAAAGAAGAUUGAUUUUCAAUGUACACCCAACACUUCAGCUUUAAGUUCCUCUGCUUCCUGCCACCCUCUCUGACAGUUACUUAAACCUCAUCUGGAAAAUGAAGAACUGACCAAUGGAGCAUUAAGAUCUCUUCCAGUUCAAACAGUCCAGGGUCUGAAAACAAACAUCUAAAUACCUUGGAGAUGCUGCCAUUUGGAAAAGACACCAGGCACCACCAUUUCAAAUGCAAAUACCCUAUAUCUACCCCACUCCCAGGUAUCUGAUUCCAGAUACCCUCUCUACUGAAACAGAGAUGGGUGCCAGGAUUCUGGGGAACUCUGUAUGCAGCUGGUAGCCUAGGGUAGGAAGCACUUGCCAAGAAAAGAUUAAGUCAGUUACUAGGGAGGCAUUGUGGCUUUGGCCUCUGGCAACAGAGUUAAGAAAGGGCAUGUGUGUCGUGGGUCUGUGGUACUGGUCAAGUAACUACCUUUGCAGUCUAUGAACCAGAGAUAUUAUUAAGUGCUGAUAGGGAAGGGCAAUGCCUACUUACUGGUGAGGAAAAUUAAUAGCCCAAGCAUUCUUCCAUCCUGCAUUCUCCAUGUUGGCAUUUUGAUUUAAAAAAUAUUGCUGCAGCUGUUUGCAUAUUCUGGAAGUGUGUGUGCAUGCGUGUGGUUUGGUGUUUACAGAUUUGGGGUUGUGGAGGGGAGUUUCCAGAGCAACGGAAGUAACUGCUUGUCAGUCAGGGUUCAUUUUGAAAAUGAAAGCCUGAAAGCUUGGGGCCCACUCUGGGCCUGGGCCUAGUCUCUGAGGAGUCAGCAAAGGCCAAGAGGUGGCUUUGACUAGUAAGCUCAGUGAAUAAACUACUGAUCACUACUAGUUUUUUAAUGAAUUGACCAAAUCUAUGACUUGCUUUUAGUGUCCUACAGAUUCAGUCCAAGGCAGGAAUGUGGGGGUAGGCAUAAAGGUUCUGGCUGCAGAUGCACCUCACCAAACACACACACACACACAAUGCUCCCCACCACACAUACACACAGUCACAUUUUCUCAGGCUGCCAAACCAGAACAAGGUAACAAAUUUUGCUUGCACACCUACUAGGUGCACAAGGAUACUGCGACAUAGUCAUCAAAGAGUUUAAAUUCGCAUGUCAGAGCAAGGGGAGAGAAAUACAACAUAAGGCAGUCUGUGCCAGAUGCCAAGGCUGUAAUACAAACAGAUUGUGAGAGGGAGAAGGAUCACUCUGGGCUGGGGUCAUCGGAAGUACCUUACUGGAGAAAGUGGAAACCGAGGCCAACCUGAAGGACAGGAAGAAGAAAUUCACUAGACAGAAGCUGUGAGGGAGGACAUUCUAGGGGAGGGGAGGGAAAGUUUAAGAUGUACUCAGGUUAGGACAAGUCCAUCCGUUUGGCUGAAACUUGGAGUUUGUGUGAGUGAUUUGCAGCCAAUAAGCCGGGCUUGAAUAUCAGUACCUCAGUGCCAGAACAAAGACUCUGGUGUCACACAGACCUGCUCCGCCACUUCCUGCUGGGUGACCUUGGGCAAGUGGCCUAACCUCUGAAAACUGAGGAUAAUAAUGAUAUGUAGCUCUUGAGGUCAUUGGGAAGAUUAGAAGUGUUGCAUUUACCACAGUGUCUGGCACAUAGUAAAUGUUCAAAACUGGAUUACAAAUGAAUAGACUGUCAUGAAGAUAUUUAGGAAUGAUCCCAAAUAUUUGAGGGCCAAGGCAGAAAAGCCUCUGAUAUCUUCUAUCACUGUUGGGCCCAGUAGAGUGGGCUGACUUGGCCUGAGCCUCCAUCCCCUCUGGCCUGCACUGUUGGAACAUCCUCCUGGCUUCCUGACUCUGCUUCUCCCAUAAUCAUUUUCCUAAAUACCACCUUAUUCAUAGCUGUGUCCCUCUCUGCCUCAAGAACCUUCUAUGAUUCCCAGUUGCUCUCUGACUGAACUUCCUAACAUGGGAAUGGGACCAGCAGGAGGCAAGAGCUAUCAUUUAUAUAUCAUUGAGGGAAGGAAAGAGCAAAGAGGAAGCCAGUGUUAGCAGUAUAAAGAGAUAAAAUAUCCUCCUCUUUUAAAAGUCCUUAAGCUCUGAAUUCGCAGAAAUCAGCAGGUCCCUGAGGGAGAGAGCAGAACACAUCUUUGAAGAGGGCACGGCAUUCCUUGGCCACUGACUCAUUAACCUGCACCUGCUUCUUCAAGCCAAUGUGGGAGAGGUUAAAAAGGAUAGAAGAGGUUGGAGCAGGGACCUGCGAGGAGAUAAGGGAAUACCCCUUCUUGGUUCCUUGGAAAGGGUCUGCCUGGGUUUCUGUCUUGGAUUUCUCUGCAGGAAUCCCGUGUAGCUUCCAGCUUGGGGCGCUGCGGGAAGGGUCUAGGCUGCACAAAGGGCAGAGCAGGCGAGCUGGCGUCACCUAGGGCAGUCAGGCCGCCUCCGUGAAAGCUAGGCGCGGGACAAAGGCUGCUCCAGGACAAAGUACAGGGAGACUCCUAAGAAGAUAAGAGGGACGGGCAAAGGAAGGCGGUGGGGAGCGAGUGGCCCAGGAGCCUCGGUUGGCAGCCGAGCCCAGCCCGCUGGGGAAGGGGCGCCCAGGAGCUUCUUUAUCUCUGCAGCUGCUGGGAUGCGGAGAACUGCUGCUGGACUGCUCCCGGCAGCGUAGGGAGCCAGUUGCAGCCUUUCCCCGCGCCCGCGGGACUGCUGCCCUUGCCAGCCGGGAGGCGGGGCUGCCCAGCUCACCUGGCCAACUGGGGCGGGGCUGCCCACUACCUAGGUGGAGGAGGCGGCGGCGGUACCCGGUGUGCGGGAGACAAGCUUGUCCUGGGAGUCAGCAAGAGCUCCCACCCCUCCACACCCCCCACGCCAGCGCCGGCCCUCCCUCCGCUCCUUCGCUCUCUCCCUCCCUCCCCUCUCCUCCCCUCACUUGCUCCCUCCCUCCCUCCCUCGGAGCCCAAUUGCUCAAGCCGCUUCCUUCCCCAGCGCCAGUUCCUCUCCUAGUGGGGCCCGGGAAGGGCCUUCAAAGCUAGAAACGCGGACCGCGGCAGUGGAGCUGCAGGACCAUGGCCGAGCCCCGAGUGGCAGCGAUCUCUGCGCCCAGGGCCUCUCCGGCACCGAGCGCUCAAAGUCUACGGAGCGUCCGGCAGCCCCGCCCCUCGAGUGUGGACUACCGCAGCCUGGCCAGGUACCGCGGCAGCGCCGCCUUCUCCCGGGAGCUCCCCUUCCACGGCUCGCUGACGUGUUCUGGAGCGGGCUCGGGACGCCGGCGGGGCGCUCUGCGGGAGCUGCUGGGGCUGCAGGGGGGAACUCCCACCGGGUGGCAGUCAGAGGAGCGCGCGGAGGAGCGGUCCCCGGGCGGGCCGAAUGCAGUGGGCAACAGCAGGCUGUGCCUGGAGCCCCGGGAGCACGCGUGGAUACUGGCUGCCGCUGAAGGCCGUUUUGAGGUGCUGCAGGAGCUCCUGGAAGCUGAUCCUGGACUGCUCCUACGGGGUGAUCCGAUCACCGGCUACUCGUUGCUGCACUGGCUGGCCAAGCACGGGCGCCACGAGGAACUCAUCCUGGUGCACGACUUCGCCCAGCACCGGGGGCUGCGACUCGACGUGAGCGCCCCGGGGAGCGGCGGCCUCACGCCCCUUCACCUGGCGGCCCUGCAGGGCCACUACAUGGUCAUCAAAGUGCUGGUGGGCGCCUUGGGAGCUGAUCCCACACGCCGAGACCACAGCGGCCACCGGGCCUGUCAUUACCUGGGGCCCGACGCACCCUGGACUCUGCGGGAGUUAUCGGGGGCCGAGCAAUGGGAGAUAGAGCAAGGCAGUGAGAGGAGCAACGCCAACAACAACAGCAGCGGCGCCACUGCCGCGUGGACGCCUCGAAGGACUCUGAACGCAGUGGGCGCUACGGCUGUGGAGACCACGGCGAGAGAAACGGCGUUACACCGCAAGGAGAAAGACUCCACGGGCAAUCGAGUGGCGCAAAUUCAAGGCUUUUUUCGCCAGAUGUUCCCCUUCUUCCAGGACCGUUGAGGAUGACUUAGACAUGAGCGCAGGUCCGCAACACCGCAACAAGGCCUCGGUCCUGGGCUGUCCAAGGUUCCACUGAGGGGGUGGUGCCUCGGAUGCGGCUGAGUGCGCUGGAUCUGCAAAGAGCGGACAACCUCGGGUCUGUCUCAAGUAGCUGUCACAGGUCUUCUGCAGCCAAAGACCAGGACAACCGGGGACCAGCCCCCGACCCAACUGAGGCAGAGCAAAGACCAAUCUGUCCUGGCGCCCAGUCCCCAGAGGAGUUGGAGUUAGGAGCAGGAGCUUGGUCCUGCGUGGGAGAGGGAAAGUUAAGUUUCCAGUAGCCAUUUACCUGGCAGAAGUUCUGGCUUCUUAGGAAACAUUUGCUAGAAAAAUGAGCUAAGACUGUAAACCAUUGAUGCAGAGGAAGCGCCUAAAUGCAGGCUUGACUUAGCUGUUAAUGGGUCAUUUAGUGCUGCCAGAGUCAGCGACCCUGGCUCCCGGUUCCUGAGACAACCAGGCCUCACUGGUACCUUAUCAAAUAUAUCACUGAUGACUUCUUAAGCACAUUAAAGUGGAAUUCUGUUUUCGUUUCACAUGA